UGAACAGCACCCUCGUUUCAGUCCGACCGGCAACCUGAUGAGGGACAGCCGCGCAACGCAAUCAGCAGCGAUCGCCAUCCAUCUGCUCUGCUCCCACCACCAACCCUGAGAUUCUCCGCUCCUAACCCCUGCUCCCUCGUCGCCAUGCUCACCUCUGCAACCACUCCGUCCUCGCUCCAGCCUCCCACUGCAGCUACCUCACCUCACCACCUCCCCUGCCACACCGAUGGCACGGCCACGGCGUUUCAGUCUCACCCUAUCCCUGAUCUCCCUCGUCGAAUUCCUGUCACUUACUUCUGCGUCAACGUUGCAGCAGCUAUGCGCCGACGGCGGCGGGCCUGCAGCUGGAGUGAGAGCCGGCUACUGGUCGCCGUCCUCGAGCCGCUACUCCCCGGUCAGUAGCAUCGACGCCUCCUUGUUCUCUCACCUCUACUACAGCUCGGUGUCCAUCGACGAGGCGAGCUAUGCCGUCGCGCCUCCGCCGGCCGACGAGGCCUCGCUGUUCGCCGCCUUCUCCAGCACCGUCAAGUCCAGUAGCUCGUCCGCCAAGACCAUGCUGUCCAUCGGCACGGAUGAGUACCGGGUGGACGUCUCCAACGCCGCCUUCUCCAGGAUGGCUUCGGACAGGGGCCUCCGGGGAGUGUUCAUCAACUCCUCGGUGGAACUGGCUCGAGCCAACGGCUUCGACGGCCUCGACUUGUCGUGGAUUUUCCCGGCCACGCAGAUGGACAUGGAGAACCUCGGGGUCCUGCUCGCGGAAUGGCGGGCGAAGAUCACCGAGGAGUCCGCCACGAACUCCCUGUCCGAGCCCCUUCUCCUGACAGCAACACUGUAUUUCUCCAACCACCUGUUCGACAUGCCUGACAGCAACCUCGACUACCCGAUCGAUGACAUCUCGAGCAACCUCGACUGGGCGAACAUUCUCACCUUCGGCUUCCAUGGCGGCAGCAACGUCACCACAGCCGACGCGCCUCUCUACGACGCGACGUCGCACUUCUCGGUGAGCUACGGGGUCAUCUCAUGGCUGGAUGCCGGAGUCCCUCCGUGCAAGCUGGUGAUGGGGAUGCCUCUGUAUGGGAGGUCCUGGUUCCUCAGAAACAAGGCCAAGAACGGGAUAGGAUCGCCGACGGCCGCUGCUGGGACGAAGCAGAGGAAUAGCAACCAGAUCGGGAUAAUCGCGUAUGCCGAGGUUGAGGAGUACACGAAUUCUGCAAGCACCGUUGUUACCUACGACAGCCAGUCAGUGGCAGAGUAUUUCUACAACGGUGACCUCUGGGUCAGCUUCGACAGUGCCCAGGUGGUGCAGAAGAAGCUGGAGUUUGCAGCCAGGUCUCAGUUACUUGGGUACUUCCUCUGGACCGUCGGCUUCGACGAUUCAAACAGCACAAUAGCAAAGCAAGCUACCGAAUCAUGGCACCAAUAUGCACAAGAUGGUUUUGGAACCAUGCACGCAGGAGGUUCAAACCAGUAUGUUGCAUUUAGUUCAUCUUCAGUAUCAUCUGGCAGCUGGUAUUCGAAAAUUCUCAGCUAUUUCUUGUCAUCGAUACUUUUAUUGGUGACUCUAUCACACUGAGAGUAUCAGUAAACAUGCCAGAUAUGUAAAAGUAGUUUCAAAUGGUCUGUUCAUCAAAGUGAAUUUCUAGUAUAUAUGCUCUGUUGUAUUUUUUGAGUUUUUUUCACAGUCAUUCUUUCCCAAAAGGCCAAAACAAGGGUUGCAGCAAGUUAAAUAAUUAAUAGUCACGUUGAUUUCCUUUA